CAUUUCUGGUUCAGUUCCUUCACUUUGGCUGGUCCAGUCUUUCCUUGAGUGUCUUUCUCAUUUCUUCCAUUCUUGAAUUCCAUUCUCUCCAGGUUCUGUGAACCCUUUUCAGUUCACUCCUUCAAAAUGAAGAGCUCUAUCCUCCUUUCCAUUGCGGCCAUCGCUGCCCAGGUCAUCGCCCUCCCCACUCUGGAGGAUCGAUCCGUGGCUCUUCCCAUUAGAGACCUCAACUUCCCGGCCCAAGCUGAUGUUAGGCCUGUUCUGCGCCGUGGCAAGGGCCAGCAGGGCGAGCAAGCUGGUGACAACGCCGAUGUCCAGCAGGAAGGCGAGAACCAAGGCGAGAACGGCGUAGCCGAGAAGAAGGCCAAGAAGGACGCCGCUGCAGCCGGAGGAGCCGGUGCCGCAGCCGGUGGUGCCACAGCCGAUGCCGCAGCCGGCGGUGCCACAGCCGAUGCCGCAGCCGGCGGUGCCGCCAACAACGGAACUGCCAACGCCGGAGGCAAGAAGAAGGCCAAGAAGGGCAAGAAGAACGCACAGGCCAAGGCCGCGGGCAAGAAGAACAACGCUGCCGCUGGUGCCGCCGGCGCCAAGAAGAACAAGGGCAAGAAGAACAACGCCGGUGGCGCUGCCAACAACGGAACCGCCAACGCCGCCGACGGCGCUGCGGCUGGCGGAGCUGCUGGAGGAAAGAAGGCCAAGGCUGCCAAGAACAACGCUGCCGCGAAGAAGAACAACGGAGCCGCUGACAACGCAGCUGGCGGUGCGGCCGCUGGUGGUGCCGCCGGUGGUGCUGCCAACAACGGAACUGCGAACGCUGGUGGCAAGAAGAAGAACGGAAAGAAGGCCAAGGCUGCCAAGAACAACGCUGCUGGAGGUGCCGCUGCGAAGAACAACCAGGCGGCUGAUGGCAACAACAUUCUCUCUUCCAUUCUCGAGAGCAUUGGUGGAGGCGCUGCAGGUGGCAACGCUGCCAACGCCGGUGGUGCCAACAAGGCCCAGGCUGACCCUCUUGCCCUGCUUAGCGGUCUUCUCGGACGUGAUGAGGAGUCAGCCGACCUCGCAGAGCGUGACGACCACGAGCUUGUCCAGCGCGACGAGGAGGAAGCCGAUCUGGAGUAAGCGGGAGUGGACGCUCUACUGUUGAGCGGCUCCAGAUGUCGAGGCCCCAGGGCAACAAGCUGAGUCGGAGCCUGGGACGGUUCCGGGCGGUCCCAGCGAUCACCGGAGCGGUUUUGACGGGCUCGACCGGUGGCAAGUCUGAAGCAAAGGUAGCUACGCUGGUAGAGCUGUUUCCGAGUGUGUCUGUCUCGAGGACGGAAAAGAAAUGAAUUUUUUUUGUUGGUGCGCACAUCUUGCUAGCCUGAUCUCACUUGAGAUUUCAGUAGGCAGCUGUUCCUGUCGUCGCCGAGGGGCAUUCUGA